AGCACGUCGUUAGCUGAGUUGGUUUUCUGUAUGCAGCUUCCAAACUAAACCUUUUCGAUAUUUGACAUAACUAUCACCUAUAAUGACUGGCGGCAGCUUUGGAUAUGCACAAUUUACAAAUUGACUAAUUUGCUUUUGGCGGACAUCAAUAAGGGAUACAUGUAUCCAACUCAUGGAUGGCCUCUUAUCCACUACAUUUUUGAUGGGCAAAGUUUAGAGACAACGGGACAUAUAUUUCUGGAUCAAGGAAGUACUCCUUGCCAAAGGACUUUGAAACAUGCCCUUGCCAUUCGGCUUAAAACUCAAAAGAACUCGAAGGUAUACUGUCUCAAGCAAGAGCUGUCUGGUCACACGCAUUCAGCUGCUCAAUGGGGAAUUUGUUGAGUUUACUCUUUCUGUGGAGAGCACCGGCCAGGAAUGUUUGGAGGCAGUUGCACAGAGACUUGAGUUACGAGAGAUAACAUACUUCAGCUUAUGGUACUUCAACAAGCAGAACCAGCAGCGUUGGAUCGAUCUGGAGAAGCCCCUGAAGAAGCAGCUGGACAAGUACGGCCUGGAGCCCACUGUCUACUUCGGCGUGGUCUUCUACGUGCCCACCGUAGGCCAGCUGCAGCAGGAGAUCACUAGAUAUCAGUAUUAUCUCCAGUUGAAGAAGGAUGUUCUCGAAGGCCGAAUCCCUUGCUCCAUAGAACAGGCCAUCCGCCUGGCUGGCUUGGCAGUGCAAGCUGACUUUGGAGACUUCAAUCGUUACGAUUCGCAGGAGUUUCUUCAGAAGUUUGUGCUCUUUCCUAUCGGCUGGAUCCAGGAUGAGAGAGUACUGGAAGAGGCCACUCAGAAAGUGGCUGUGCUUUACCAGAACUACAGGGGGUUGCCUGCCCCAGAGGCUGAGAUGUUGUACAUGCAGGAGGUGGAGAAGAUGGAGGGCUAUGGCCAGGAGAGUACCCCAGCCAAGGACAGCCAAGGCACUGAUAUCCUCCUUGGGGCCUGUCUGGAUGGCAUUUUUGUCAAGCACAAAAACGGCAGGCCACCCCUUGUAUUCAAGUGGAAUGAAAUUAACAACAUGACUCACAAUAAGUCCUUCUUUGCCCUGGAGCUGACCAACAAAGAGGAGAGCGUGCAGUUCCAGACCGAAGACCUGGAAACCUCCAAAUAUGUGUGCCGGAUGUGUCUGGCCAGGCACAAGUUUUAUAAGAUUAACAAGAGCAGCCUCCAAACCCAGCCUACCGCUGUGAACCCAGUGAGACGCCGAUCCUCCACCAGGAUGUCUCUGCCAAAGCCUCCACCCUACAUGUUGCCCCCGCCACAGAUGCACUACAAUGGUCACUUCACUGAGCCUUACACAUCCUCACAAGACAACCUGUACAUGAACAGUCAGCACGGCUACUACUACCACUCCCAGACCAGCCUGGACCGCUCACCACUUGAAUACGGCAACAGCGGCGGUGGGAACGGGCGGCUGCGUAACGGCAGCGUGUACAGCGCCCACAGCACCAGCUCCCUCACCAACCCCCAGCACUACAUGCAGCCCUCGCCCAUGUCCUCCAACCCCUCCAUCACAGGCAGUGAUAUCACCCGGCCCGACUACGUGCCCUCGCACCGCCAUAGCGCACUCAUCCCCCCCUCCUACCGCGCCACCCCGGACUACGAGACGGUCAUGAGGCAGAAGAACCGGGGAGGUGGAGGAGGGAUGGUGCAUGGCCACGAGCACCGCCAGAGCCACUCCAUGAGGAACCUGAACAUUGGGAACUCGUACGCCUACAGCAGGCCGGACCCCCUGGUCUACAGCCAGCCGGAGAUCAGAGGAGAGCAUGGUGGAGGAGGAGCGCACCACCACUACCCCUUCCAUCUCAACUCCAGCUUCCACAGCCCCUCGCCGUACCCCUACCCCACGGAGAGGAGGCCGGUGGUGGGGGCGGUUAGUGUGCCCGAGCUGACAAACGUCCAGCUGCAGCAGGCGCAGGAGUAUCCUGCGGCCAAUAUCAUGAGGACCCAAGUGUACCGCCCUCCACCCCCCUACCCAUACGGCGCCCACCCACGGCCCGCCAACAGCACGCCGGACCUGUCUCGCCACCUGUAUGUGAGCAGCAGCAACCCGGACCUGAUCAUUACGCGGCGCGUGCACCACUCGGUCCAGACCUUCCAGGAGGACAGUUUGCCUGUAGCCCACUCCCUGCAGGAGGUAUCCGAGCCCUUGUUCCUGGCUGGACCCCCACAACACCACUCCCACCAACACAACGCACACAAACGCAACUCCAUCGAGAUUGCCGGCCUGGCUUACAGCCUGGAGGGUAUGAGGGUCAAGGAAAGGACUGUAUCUGCCUCAGCCGCAGACACCCCCCCUCUGGCCCCGCAUGGCCCCUCAGGCUCCCAGCUCAACGUGUUCCUGGAGCGGACCAAGUCAGAGGACGGGGGGGAGGGGAAAGAGGACGUUCGCUACGGCCACAAGAAGUCCCUGUCAGACGCCACCAUGCUGGUGCACAGCAGCGAGGAAGAGGAGUUUGAGGAUGAGAGCGGACGCCACACCCCCCAAUCCCACGAUGCACUAUUGUCCGGGCCUGACCCGCAGCAGCUUCUAACCAAUCUGGGACAGAUUCCCCUGGAGCCCCCGCCCGCAUAUCCCAUUGGCUCCUUCCUUGACCCUGUCCUGUCUGGCCUCCCGGCCUAUCAGGUGCACCCACUGAUCCAGGAGGCGGAGUCACUGUACCUGUUUGAGGGCGGGCAGACUGGCAGGAUGGUGCCCUCGAUGUCGGAUAGUGACAUCAGUGGGCAGAACAAACCGAAGACCAAGAAGGAUUUCAUCAAGAAGAGGCCUGUGUCAGACGUUCCUGCUGGGAAGAAACCCAUUGAUGGCCUGCCUCCUGCCGGCAUGAAGAAGCGGGCUGAGCUGAAGAAGAUGGGUCCUCUGAAGGUGGCGGCCCUCAACGGCCUGACCCUGUCCAGGCUGCCCAUGCACGAGGGAGGCAAGGACCAACCUGAGAAGGCCUCCAACGACGAGAGGUGUAAGGUGCUGGAGCAGCGUAUGGAGCAGGGCAUGGUGUUCACAGAGUACGAGCAGGUGGCCAAGCGGCGUCCGGCAGGCGACUGCAGCAUCGCCCAGCUGCCAGAGAGCGGCGAGAGGAAUCGCUUCCAGGAUGUGCUGCCCUACGACGACACGCGUGUGGAGCUGGUGCCCACCAAGGAGAACAACACAGGCUACAUCAACGCCUCGCACAUCAGGAUCACGGUGGGUGGCGACGAGUGGAGCUACAUCGCCUCCCAGGGCCCUCUUUCUAACACCUGUCUGGACUUCUGGCAAAUGGUGUGGGAGCAGGGUGUGGCCAUCAUCGCCAUGGUUACAGCUGAAGAGGAGGGUGGCAGGGAGAAGAGUUUCCGCUACUGGCCACGGCUGGGCUCUCGCCACAACACGGUGACAUACGGACGCUUUAAGAUCACCACGCGCUUCAGGACGGACUCAGGCUGCUAUGCCACCACGGGCCUGAAGAUCAAACACCUGCUGACGGGCCAGGAGCGCACUGUAUGGCACCUGCAGUACACAGACUGGCCCGACCACGGCUGCCCCGAGGACUUCAAGGGCUUCCUCUCGUACCUGGAGGAGAUCCAGUCAGUGAGGAGACACACCAACAGCACCAGCGACCCAAAGAACACCAACCUACCCGUGCUGGUCCACUGUAGCGCUGGAGUGGGCCGCACCGGGGUGGUCAUACUCACUGAGAUUAUGAUCGCCUGUCUGGAACACAACGAGAUGCUGGACGUCCCGACCGUCCUGAACAUGCUCCGGCAGCAACGCAUGAUGAUGGUGCAGACCAUCUCACAAUACACCUUCAUUUACAAAGUCCUUAUCCAGUUCCUUCGCAACUCCAGGCUAAUCUAAGCGCAAACCUCGGCAGCCCCCCCCCCCCCCCCCCCCCAAGGUUUGUGUCGGCCACGAGAAAGCAUCUGUGGCCUUUAGCUCCAAAAUGGUGGUGCUGGUGGAUGGUCCUUUUUCGAAGUGUUAGUGGAGGUGAGACUGCGAUAAAACCUGACAAUGAAAGGAUCGCAUGACUUUGUGCGUGUCCCCCUCUUGAACAGUAUUAAUGAGAUUUCACUGUAGGAUUUUUACACAAUUACUGACAUGAAACCCAGCACUUGAAACCUAGACAUGAAACCCAGCACUCUGAUUAUUGUAUAUCAAUAUCAUUAAUUACAGAUAUUUGUUUAUCACAGAUUUUAGUUUUGACGAUUUGUGUGCUGUGCUGGAUGAUGGUCUUUAUAAAGAAGGACUUGACUAAUGUUUUGAUUGAGAAUUCCUGAAGGAAGUUAAAAUCACACUUUGAUUACGUUGGACUACUGUUUGUUGUCUGCUUGACGGUGGAAGAUGAGAAUGGUCACUUUUUUUAAUGAAGGGCAUCUUUGGUGAACUGCA